AUGACCCGCGGGCAGCUGUUGCAAGUCUGGCCGCCAGGCAACGACCUGGGUGUCUGCUGGAGUGAUGGAAUUCAAGGGCCGCUUGGGAUGCCGGCUUCGCACAGCCGCUUCGCGCGGAACCAGGAUCUGGCUGCUUUCCUCGGCAAGGAGACGAGGACAGCCAGACCCUCGUCCUUUUCAAUGGGUGAUCGCUACGGCAUUGGUACCCAGGCUGGCCCGCCUUCGGUUCCCGGCACCCGGGUCACCAAACCCAGGAAGAAGGGCUACUGGGCUGUCCCGGGCGAGAAAUGCCUGAAGCAUCGCUCGAUCUUCCGCGAGCUCUUCGGCGCCUCAGUUGGGCCGGAGCACUAUUGCGUGAACGAGAACGCCUCCAAGGACUGGGGCAACUCCAGAGAGGUGCAGCCAGUUCAGAGCUGCUAUGACAACAGCAGCUGCUCGUCCGGCAAUGCAGCGACAAGGCAGAGAGAGAGGCCUGAGCCGCAGGAGCCUCCAACGCGGCCUGUGCUCGCCAACGAUCCGGACUACCCAAACACUGUGAUUUACCUCACCAAGGAGGCAGAUGACAAGGCAUUGGGCUCAAAGUGA